AUGGCACGCGAGCAGUCGGGCGGCGGUGUGCGGAGAGCUGCCAAACAGCGCAGUCGCCACCGCAGCAUAUCAUGUUUCUCCCCUGAGGCUAUAGCUGCUUACGCCUCCCUCUUCGCCUCCCCCGCAUGCCCGCCCGCCACUCGCAUGGCGAAGUACGUCCCAGCCUACUAUCUCCGUCGGCGUUUCGUGCUGGCCACCGCAUUCGCCGCCUCCCUCCUUUUCCUCUUUGUUUAUCUCCGCCAUGCCUUUCAAGACCUCGACGACGAGCUCGGCCUCACCGCCCGCCUCGAGUCUACAUCCUAUAUCCCCUUCCAGCUCCCCCGCCUGCCCCUUCCGCCACCGCUACGCACACCAUUGCGCCCCGUCCGCGAUCUACGCGCGUCAUGUCUCGAUCCCCACUUCAGUCUUGGCGAGCAAUGUCUUGGCGACCACGUUGAUCCGCUCGACGUGCUCUGGACGUGGGUCAACGGCUCCGACUUCCUCCUCGAGGAGGCCAAGGAGCUCGCCCAGUCCCACUACGACAAAAACGACCCGUUUAGGCCUGUGAAGACGGUCACUCAGGCACGCCUGUACCGCGAUCAUGACGAGCUAAAGUACUCGAUACGAUCGGUCGUCGAGAACUUCAAGUCGCCGGGUUCUCGGUUCCGAUUGCUCACGACCGAUUUCCCAGUGCCCGAUGCGUACGCCAACAAGAGCAACCUCACAACGCCAGAGGUCUGGCGGCUUGGUCAGCUGCCACAAUGGCUUGACUGCGAUCGACGUGUGGGUGCUGGGCGGUGGAGAGAUGGGGACAUGGAGCUCGUUGUUACGCAUCAUGGGCAAUUCUUCGGGCCGUACAAUGGAACGGUGUUCAACAGUCUUGCUAUCGAGUCGCAACUCGGUCACGUCCCGGAGAUGUCAAACUACUUCAUCUACAUGAAUGACGAUCUUUUCAUGCUCAAUCCCGUUACCCCAGCAACAUUCUACACAUCUGCAUAUGGCAUCGUCCUGCACCUCCAGCCUGACCUCCUCGUCAAGCCCGAUCGGCCUACUACGAAGGUCAAGGGUGAAUGGCGCUCUCUCGGCGAGAGCAAUUGGCUUCUCAGUAAUCGCUUCGGCGCACGCUCACGGCCGUACGUCGCGCAUGAGGCGAAGCCCGCAGGUAUGCACCUUCUGCACGAGUUGCAUACGAUCUGGCCGGAGGUUUUCGCCUCUUCCGCGCUGCAUAAGUUCCGUGAGACGGUGAUGGGCGACGGGGACGUGAACACGAUGUUCAUGAGCGCGCACUUCGUCGUCGAGCGCGCGCGCGAGGCUCUCCUCUGGGCGUGGGUCGUCGGGACCCUGGGAGGUACCGACGAUGCGUGGGGCCCCGCGGAGGCACAGCGUGCGUGGCGUGAGGUUGGGGGUGCGUUUGCGGAGGACCUGGCGGCGGUGGAUGACCUUGUCGUGACGAGCGCACAUCGGGAGACGUUGGAGACGGAGAGGGUCAGAGAGACGUUGCUCGCUCACGGGUAUGAGCCAGAUCAGCUGACGUCGUAUGUCUUCUCCUCCCUCGACGGCUUCCCGUACCUGAACCUGGGUCCCAAUGGGAAGCCGAGUUUCCCAGCGCUCACGCCGGAUAUCGCGGAGAUGGCCCUCCCGCGGUGCAGAUUGUCCUACUCGCAGUGCUUCGUUGUGGAUAAAAUGGUCGGUGACGGGUCCAAGGCGAGCGAAGUCUUCAAGCACCUCGCGUUCCGGGAUCCGCGAUGCGGGGAUUGCGUCAUCAGCGGACUCGUGAAGGCGAGCGGUUCGCUGGGCCUGUCGGCGUUCCUUCCGCCGGCGGAACGCGUCGUACCAACGACACCUCCGUUGGAUUCUGAUGUGGACGCGGAUGUACCGCACCUACCGCUCGUGGAUAACUGGCAGAAAGGCGACUUCUCGCUGCAGGCAGUCAUGGCGAACAGCCGGGAGACGAAUGUGCGACAGUGGACGUUACAACUGCUCCAUCGAUAUCGCUACGUCCUCGGGUCGACGCCGAUGAUGUUCGAGCGGAUCGUCUCCGGCCCGCAGACGUCCAUGACCGUUCGUAAGAUCGACGCCACGAAAGAUGUUGCGCUACUCUGCAUGAAUGAUGACGUCUCGAGACCGAAUCAGGACGCGGAGGUUAGCCGCGUGCUCCGCAUGUGGUUUGACCGCCGAUGGGGCCGCGCGACCGCUUGGGAGCGGGAGUAGCAGUUAGCGCCGGGCGCAGGCAGGCGGGGAAGGGGCGUGUGUGGACUUUGGGAGGUUGUUGGUCCUGCGAGCCGGCUGGAUGACGGUGUUGCUGGAGAGAGGAGGGAGGGGGCAUCUAGUGUUAGUUGAUAAAUUAUUGUAUUUUUACUGUUGCGUGUGGUCGAUGCGUCGCUGUUGUCUGAGUUGCUGUUGUUCUGUCUGGCUCUGUAGACAUACUUACGUGGGAGUGAGAAUAUGUAGCGCGACUAAUCGAAUUGGAUACCCGGGGCGCUUUGCGUCGUU